AUGGCUGAGACUUCCGAGCAGCAAGCCACUUCGGCACAGGAAACCGCCCCCAUCCUGAACGCUAAAGCCACCUCGUCCAACAGCCCAACCGCGGGAUCUCUUCACAAAGAAAAGACUGAGGCAUCGGUCGAUGGCCCCUCAACGGUCAUGAAUGCUGCCGGUUCCUCGUCACAGGAUGUGACAACCGGGGAGGAACCUCUUGAAGCUGAUGAGGGAGAAACAGCCGACGACACUACAUCAAUUGAUGAUCGAAUCUACACGUCUUCAUUGACGUCUAGCAUCCUUGAUUAUCCUAUGGAGUACGGGAGACGAUACCAUGCAUAUCGUUCUGGCUCCUAUGUUCUGCCGAACGAUGAAAUGGAAUCGGAUCGGCUUGAUAUGGCUCACGCCCUCAUCACUCGAGUAAUCGGCAACAAGCUGUUUUUGGCGCCAGUAGAGCCCCAAAAGGUCCACCGCAUUCUCGAUAUCGGUACUGGCACUGGGAUCUGGGCUUUCGACGCAAGUGAAAUGUUUCCUAACGCAGAGAUUAUUGGGAACGAUUUGAGCCCAAUUCAGCCUACCUGGGUUCCUCCAAACGUCAAGUUUGAGAUUGACGAUGUUGAAAGUCCCUGGGUCAGCCAAAAGUACGACUACAUCAUGUGUAGAUACAUGGCCGCAUCCAUCGGCGACUGGCCGAAACUGGUGAAAAAUGUUUACGAGUAUGAUUUUUCCCUCUUGCUCUUCAUGAUCUUAUGCUGGAUGAGAGGUCUAAUCCCGGCAUUCAGAAAUCUCAAUCCGGGGGGCUGGGCAGAAUUCCAGGACAUGAGCGUUGAAUACUACUCAGACGAUGGUUCUUACACGCCUGAUCAUUCCACACACAGCUGGAACCAGACUUUCGUCCGCACAUUGAAAGACAUCGGAAGAGAUCCCACCCCGGGACCACAGCUUGAUGGCUGGGUCAGAGGGCAUGGCGGGUUCAGCCAGGUUAUGCACCAGAAGUUCAAGGUCCCCAUUGGUCCGUGGGCGAAGCAGAAGCAUUACAAGGACAUUGGCUUGCUGAACCUGGCGCAAAUAUUGGAAGGUUUAGAAGGCUUCUCCUUAAAGCUUUUCUGUGGGGUGCUUGACACGUGGUUUACGGUCAGAAGCCCGCUUCAAAAGACGCAUCGCCUUAAGCUUCUUGGUCGUGCGAAGUCCGACUGUAAGGGCAGCGACGAGAAGGUGCACGGCAGGUGCAAGCCGCUCAAGCUUGUCGAGGACACCGAGGAUGACGGUCCCGUGUUGAAGCUCGCAUGCAAAUACGUUACCGCAUAUUGGUCUGCUUGUCAAUGUAUUGAGGGCAUCAAGGCUACUACUAUUACGGCGCCGUUCUCUCAAUCAACCAUCAGUACCAGCGCGUCUAUCACAAUCUCGAUUCCAUCUUCUUCCGACGAGCCUGUUGUCACGAGUACGGAGGAGCCUUCCAGCUCCUCCAUCAGCACUAUCGUCCCGUCUUCUUUUGAGGCCUCUCCUUCGAGCACAGAAACGUUAUCCAGUACCUCAGAUCUUGCAAGCAAGACCACCCCAGAGCCCUCAAGCUCCAUAACAUCCACAUCUAAGCCCAGCGAUUCACCGUCAAGCACCACAGAGUCUUCCGCCACACCCAGCUCCUCUUCUGUCGUGAGCCUCCCUCAGUGCACCCCAGGCCUCGAGUUCGCCAUCUACGCCUUUGAACGAGACACUGAAGUCUGCCAAACCAUCUACUCGAACCCAUCCCGAACCAUCAACCUCCAGCAAAUCUUCCAAGACCGCAUCCCAGACGCAACAGGUCUGACGCCCUCAUCUGGACGAAUUGGCUUCCGACAAAGCGGCGCCGCAGCAAGUCGUCCGAUCCAAUACUAUGGCGUCUCAGGUCGUGCGGGCUCGACCUUUGAGUGCAACGUCAUUCAUCACCGCGGCUAUAUCGAAGUUACAUCACCAGGAGCCUACUCCGUCGUCCCAGAAACUCCGGACGACGUCAUUCUUGCGUGGGUCGGCGAUAAUGCUGAGUCGGACAACUUCGAAGCCAGAAACAGCAACAUCGCGGGCCGCUGCUGUGGAACACCUGCACCGUACAGAUUCGAAGUCGAGCCCUUUGAUGGCUUGUCCAAGUACAUCCCUUUCCGAAUUUUCUACGCGAACGCUGGCGGACCAGGAGGCUUCGGUAUCAGGGUGGUCGAUGCGCCCGGCAAUCAAGUGCCGCAGAACACGACUGGACCGCUCCUCGUCGCAAAUUGCACAGGAGAGGGAAACCCUGCCCCCGGCUGGCCUGCGUGGUAA